GAGAAAAAAAACCCCCUUUUGGUUCUUCAAAUUCUUCACUCCAAAACCCAAGCAACUGUCAUCGUUUCUGCCUUUUCCAACAUCUCUGCAAUUACGUUUCUUUCCGCCGCCAAUUUUUAAUUUGAUACUGAAUAGCGCCGAUCGCUGAGAAAAUUAUUUCGGUUUAUCACUGAAUUGGCGAUUUGGGGGAAAAAGAAAUGGAUCUUGGAUGCAUUGACAUGGGUUGUGUUGAGAAAGAUAGCAGUCCGAAGGAGUCGACCACGUCUGCUUCUAAGCUUGGAAAGAAUAAAGUAAAGGAUGCGAUGAGGUCUAGCUCAAAUGCACUGAACAAACUCACAUCUCAAAUAUCUAAGCCUCCUCGUCGUAAAACUUCUCCCCUUAAUUGGUUCCCACGGAAGAAGAUGGAGCCUUACCUGAAGAGGAAACUGAAAAUGCUUCAGGAAGUAGAUGGUAUGCAUCUGACUCUCGUUGAAACUCUAGGGGAUUCAAAUCCCCAUUACUCGAGGGUGUUGAGGGAAAAGAUUGCAAUAAGAGAAGCUGCACAGAAAGCAAUGGAGGCAAGAAAGGCAGCAAUGGUGGAAGCAUCAUGGUGUCGUAUACUUAAGGCAGCCAGGAUUGAAAGUAAAGAAGCAGAAGAGCAGCUAUCAAAAGCAGAACUCUCUGCUGCCGAAGCUUUGGAAGCUGCACGGGUAGCUGGUGUGAUCAUGAAUGGUACACCGGAUUCUGGUACAGGUGGAUCAACCACCCAUAAGGUCUCAGCAACUUUUGAAACUGCAUUUUCUGUUGAUAAUCAAGUAGCUGCUGCAGUUAAAGCUGCUUUCGUUAAGCUUGCAAAUUGCCACUCUAUCAACAAAGAUGAGUUUAAGGAAUUGUUGCACAAAAUCAGCGAGAACCCUGACUUGGAUGACUUGUCAGCAAUCACUUCAGAAUGUGAUUCUGAUGAUGCCGGUUCAGAUGCGGAAGCAGGAUCCUGUAAGGAUAGUUCAAAGCUGAGAAAAAGGCCAGAGUCGGAUAAGUUUAAUAUGACUAAUAUUGUCGAAAUGAUGCUUGGUCGACUUCAAUGCUUAAAAGAAGAGGAGCUGGCUUCUCUUGCAACCAUAGUUGCAACUAGUGGCCUAAAUGCUGCACUGGCUGAAACAGAAAUCAGCUCGGCCGUUCAAAACACUGAGAAUCCUUGUCCCAAAGUCUCAAGGAGGUCGUCUGUAUGUGGAAGAGCAACGAAGAGUUCUAGGGGCGCUGUCGAGGAAGAAAUUCCUGGCCUGGGCCAGUUUCUAGUUAAACGCUUGACAAGGCUUGAAAGAGAGAUAUUAGAAGCCAAAAAUGCCAGAAAAAACGAAGCUAGUGAUGGAAGUCAAGGGACUGAUGAUGAGAAGCUUCUUUCUGCCAAUGAUUCAAGUUCGAGAUCUAAAGUGAAGAACAUCAAGGAUGAUGGCACAGCGGUUCCAGACUUGAGAAGUGUACUGACGAAGCAUAAAUCAAAACUCGAGAAAGAGAUCGAAGAAGCCAAAAAUGCCAGAAAAACUGAAGCUAGUGAUGGAAGCAAAGGGGCUGAUGAUGAGAAGCUUCUUUCUACCAAUGAUUCAAGUUUGAGGUCUAAAGCGAAUAUCAAGGAUGAUGGCGCAGCGGUUCCAGACUUGGGAAGUGUGCUGACGAAGCAUAAAUCAAAACUUGAGAAGGAGAUCGAAGAAGCAAGGAGGAAUGGUAGAUCAUCAAGAGGAGCACCCCGUGCAAAACAAGAUGCCUCAGAUAUUCCUAGCCUGGAUAAAUAUUUGGUGAAGCGUUUGACAAGGCUUGAAAUGGAGGUUCAAGAAGCUCGGAACAGAAACAGAUUGCAGCCAAUGGAAAAGACAAGCAGUCAUCCAUCAGAUGCUAAAAGUUCAGAAGAUAUCCCUAUUGGUACCAAUGAGGAUUCCCAAGGCAAAGAGAAUGUAGACCUUAACAUGAUUGAGAACCGAAAUACUGUUAAGAGGAAAGAAGCACAAACUGGUUCAGAAUCAGAUCACUUGGUGCAGAAAGAGGAACGAAACACAGUUAGAGUUCAAAAGCUCCAAAGAAAAAGCCAAGAAAACGGCUCAAAUUAUGAGAGCCUAGACAAAGUUCUAGUAAAGCAUGUGUCAAGACUGGAAAAGGAGAAACUAGAAUUUUGUGCAGAUGAAAGCAUGCAAAUGAAACCGAAGCGCAAGGACGCUGGUAGAGAAAUGGAAAGCAGUUUGGACCAAGUUCUAGUGAAGCACAAGUCAAAGCUGGAAAUGGCAAAAAUGGCUGCUGAGCAGCAGCAACAAGGGGAUAGCAGCAUCAGACAUUCAGUGACUCGUCGCGAAGCUAGGGAGCGAGAGCUGCAAGCAGCAUGGGGAGGCAUGAGCCUAGGAAACUCUAUGCGCCCUCAUGUCUCGAGGCUUCAAAGAGACAAGGCUGCUUGGCUUGAAGCUGAAGAAGAGGAGAAGAAUAUUGAGGUGCAGUCUUCCUCAACUUUGUGCUAGACUCAUUGGUUGCUACCUAAUAUUUCUCAUAGGCAAGCAUCAAGUUAUUAUGUACUCCAAAUUCUUUAUAUGGGUUGUCAAUAUUGAAAUUCUUUUCUACCCUCUCUUUGGAGGUGAGAGGCUUAAGACCAUCACCAUUGUGUUUUCUGUGCAAUGUAAUUGAUCAUUUGUGAA